GUCGUACAUUUUUUAGCGGCUGGUGUUUGUACAGCUGACAAUCUUUUCACAGUGUUUAGUUUAUUUCCAGGUCAGGAGAGCAUGAUAGCACUUUCUCCUGCACACCUGUGGCGCAUACACUGGCACGUGGAUUGGAAGAGUCUUUUCCUAACCACUAAAAAAACUUUCAUUCCAUAGUCAUGCAGGUUGGGCCUGCUGCUCCAGUUGCGGCCGGCUUCCGUGGGACUAUCUCACCAUACCUCAACCCCGCAGCAAUCAGCCUUUUACCAUAAUACUUUCCCCACAGGUGUCUGCUCUGAUCUGCAAGGUAUGGAAGCUAUCCUUAGCUGCUAAUGCCACCCCAACUCUUACUGCAGCCGGACAGAGAUAGCAGCAGCUCACAUCAUUGCCAAAGGAGCUAUAACACUCACCUUUGGGGUACUCAGAAGCAUUUUCCAAUAUCUACACUGAGCCAUGGUGGAUGCUCUUGGUGUAGUGUUGGGCAGUAGUCUUACAGUGAUGCUUGGAGCCACGGCCCUGUACAUCCUGAUUCGCUGGUAUCAAAGUGGGCGCUGUUGUUAUGAAACAAGUUUUGUCUUCAGUCUAUGCAAUAUCCGGCAGAUGAAGUCUAUGGACCUGGAGCUGGCACCUCCCUUUACUGUCAGUGGCACAAUGCACGCUCAUGGCCCUAUGGCCGGAUACCACUAUUCUCAAUUCCAGGACAGUGAGGUGUAACGAGGAAAACAUUUCUACUAAGUUCAUACAGAAAGGAGACUGGGGGGACGUUCACGUAACUCUAUCACUCAACUUCUUCCUUGCAAAAAGGGCCUGAAGUCCAGCAUCCGGGAUUGUCACAUGCCAUCACCCAAGCUUGCUAAUUCUUAGGGAUAUAUAUAUAUAUAUAUAUAUAUAUAUAUAUAUCCCUCCCGAUCUCCAGCUCAUAACCCUAAAAUCCACACAUAUGACAUUUGCACCUAGCUGUCCUACUUAUGUUCUCAGGUGGCCUGACACACCCGCCAUCCGCUGGACCUACUUCUGCUCCAUUAUCAUGCAGCAUACUGGUCACAUAUGUCCCUGUCAUUGUACGGAUCUCCUCUGUCUCUCCAUUGAUUGUCUCUGACAUCACAGUACAGUAGUAAGUUACAGUGAACACUUAAGGUUAUUGUAGGUCACAGGCUGAGCAGCACAUUCCCACUCUGUGACACACUGGCUCCUGCGGCAGAUACAGAACUAGAAAGGUCUGGACCCCACGGCUCUAAUGUGAAGGGGCCCUAAUUGCUCCAUCGUAAAAUCAUUCCCAUCAUAACGUCUGCUUGUCCCCAAUCAGAAUCCAUUAGUAGCAGUUUGAGACAUGAGUCUGAAUUAUAUCUACUUUCAUUUUAUGCUAAUUAUUUUGCAGACCCUAUAACUGACUGGAGAUUGCUCGUUAUGAAACUAUAUAAAGUUGUCGCUAUAAACAUUUUAUUCAAUGGGACACCUGUACGGCUGGGACUUCUACCAUCUGCAUACUUCCCAAAAUUGGUUGAUUAUAAUUAAAAAUGGAGGUCCUGGUUGCAUCAUAGUGGGCAUAGCCAUGCCUCCAGUGGGUGUGGCCAGUCCCCAGUCACCAUUUUGCAUAUAAAAUUCCAUAUUAUGGAAAUACCUCCAAACCUGCCACCAGUCGGUUGGGUGGUAUAUAUUUGGAUGGUUUGCUGUGGCUGUAGUUACGCCUGUUAGACAGGCCUGACUAUAUAUCAAUGUCUGAUGCAGAUUACACACAUAACGAUCGCUUAGUCUAGCCUGAUCAUAACCUGCAGUCACUAGUACAGGUAUUAUACAGAAUCCAGAUCUCUCAGAAGAACUACACCUAUACACCUAUCUUUGACCAUAUAUUGGGCUUCCUUCUGACAACCAUACUGAUGGAGAGGAGACUGGAUUAAAUAAGAACCAUACUGGUGGAGACUGGAUUAAAUAAGAAGAAAAACAAAUAGUGAAAGUCCCCAAUUGCAUUCACUUUUAUGUACUAGUUUGUUAUUCCUUACUGACAGAGUUUUCAUUUUUUAAGAAACGGAAGUCAUGCCUGUCAUAAUUCUGCUUUCAUAUCAUUCAUGUGAUUUCCUCUAAUUACACUAUUAGAAUUUUUGGGAAGUUUUAUUUUUUAAAAAAAUGCUUAUUUAUUUUUCAUCUAUUUGUCCCAUAUCCUUUAUGCAUUUUUUGCUUGGUUUGAUCAUUUUGUGUUCAACAGUUAUAACCCUGCUAUUGUUAUGUAAAUGGUGUAUCAACUACAAGUAAGUUCCCGAUACAGUUCAGUUCUGCCACUGUCAAUCCAGAGUGGGAGAGAUUUAAAAAAAAAAAAAAAGGCACGUGUAGUGUUGUUUUUUAAUUAUUAUUAUUAUUAUUAUUAUUAUUAUUUUGCCCUCAUUUAUAGACGUUAGUAAGGGUGAGAUACAGUUUACCAGCGGUCAGGACACCAGCGGUUCAGAAAAGUGACCGCGGCAUCCCGAAGGAGAGAAUUUCAACAGGGGGUAGGUAAGCAUACUUACAGAGGCGUCGGAAUGGGUUGGGCAAAGGGGCAGCUCGCCCCCCCUAAACAUGAGAGGCGCCGGCCAAUGUACCCCGGAGGAGUGAUAUACGGUCAGUUUCAAGACCGCACAUCACAACCUCCGUGCAGCGCAGGGACCAGGCAACGGCACUCCCCCACUCCCAACUCCCAGCAGAACAGUGCCGCGAUUCGCGAGUGUUUCGGGGGCGUGGUCUAAUGCAGAGGAGACUUGUGGCUGUGCUGCUGUGUAAUCAGGACAGGAACAGUAGUGUCUCUCUCACUCCAUCUCUCUCCCUGUUCCACUCUCUCUCCCUAACACUCUUUCCUUUCUCUCCCUAACACUCUCUUUCCUUUCUCUCCCUAACACUCUCGCUCAUCUCUCUCUCUCUUUCUCUCCCUAACACUCUUUCCUUUCUCUCCCUAACACUCUAGCUCCUCUCUCUCUCCUUCUCUCCCUCUCACUCUCUUUCCUCUCUCUCCCUAACACUCUCUCCUCUCUUUCUCUCCCUAACACUCUCUCCUCUCUCUCCCUCUCUCUCUAUCUUUCCUCUCCUCUCUCUCUCUUUCUCUCCCUAACACUCUCGCUCUCCUCUCUUCCUAACACUCUCGCUCUCUCCUCCCACCUCCUCCCCACCAUGGUGCCACUGCCGCCUCCAUUUCGUCCCCGUAGUACCGCCUCCUCCUCCCCAGUGGCUCCGCUCCCAGGGGCACCAAAUGAGGAUCUAUCUUGCCCCCCCAGACUAUAAAUGUUCUGACGCCCCUGUAUAUUUACAAUCCCCCAAUACCUCCCUAACCCUUACCCUCCCUUCCCGCAGCCUAAAUCUAACCCUCCCUUCCCACAGCCUAACCCUCCCCAGUGGUUCCUAAACCAAACCCCUCCUCCCCGCAACCUAAACCAAACCCCUCCUCCCCGCAACCUAAACCUAACCCUCUCAUCCCCACAACCUAACCCUAACCCUCCCCGUGGGUGAUUAAACCUAACCUCCUACCCAGGGCCGUCUUAACAGCAGUGUAAGCCCCUGGGCACAGCAAUGCACUGGGCACCCUACCCAUCCCCCAGUGGUAGGGGUGGGGGGUGCUAUCAGCAGCAGCUUUGAUGUCCCGUGGACAGUAGGGGAUGUUCAAUCUGCCGCUCAGUAAUUAGGACCUGGAGCAGUAAUUUCUGCUAAUUACUCCUUUACUGCACAGUGGAAGAUGGGGUGGGAGCAAGAACACUUAGAUGUAAAAGAAGCAUUGGGAUGAAUGAAGGGGCCCCGGUACAUGACUUCCAGGGUGGUAGGGUGGUGUAAUAUGCAGGGGAGGGGUGGAUAGUGGAGUGGACAUAAUAUUCAUAAUUUUCUGGUGGGAGGGCAGCUUGCUUGACUGCAGAUAUCUCCAGUUCCUGGAUAUAGAUUUCUUAGCUUUGAAUGCGAUAAAAAAUAGAGAGUUCCACCUUUCAAGAGGUUCAGGGGACUUGGGGAUCAUAGUUCAGGAGCCAGAGCAAUCCACCGGCAAAAAUAUAAAACUGCAAACCAGAUGUGUGGAGCUGGAGCAGGGACCAGCUGCUUGAAGGCUUAUAUCUCUGGUUCUGGGCAUAGUAGAGACAAGCUGCCAGUGUCCACCGAAAGAGGGGAGUCCUAUGUUUUGGAGUAUAUCCUCAGAAAAACUCCAAGUCAGACAGAACUCGAGAUAUCUGGCUGGGAAUAGCAAUUAACAGUCUUGGAUGGGGAUCACUGCUUCAAAGUCAGAUAUCUCCGGUUCCCCAGGGCCUAUUUUCAAAAAUCUGGUACCGCUGGAAAGAGGGGACCCUCAGCUAUAAGCCUAGGGCCCUUAGACUCCUGAGGCCCUUGGGCAAGAACCCAUUGAGCCCAUACGAAAAGACGGCCCUUCUCCUACCCCCGCGGGCUAACACUACAGGGUGCCACAUACUCACGAUCUGGAUGCCGGGUGUUGGGAUUGCGGCGUCAGCAUUUCGGCUGGUGUCGGAGUUCCAGCGUCUGCAUUUUGGUGGCGUACUGGGAUUCUGGCACUGGGAAUCUGAUCACUGGCAUCCUGACUGCAUCCCGUGAGUAAAUACACAAUUCUCAAAUACACAAAAACACAAUUCAGGAGACUCAGACAUCUGUAAUAGUUGGUCCACAAGACCAUAUUUUUAAGAUAAAAGUUCAUGACACAACCAGUCUGGCACUAUCUAAAGCCUCUUUUUUUUGUUGUAGGAUAGAACUUUUUGCAAUUUUGGGCUAUCUGCUGAUUUGAAUGUGUUGCCAUACCUGAUUGUAAGUAUGUGGUCAAUUCAAUUUGCCGACUGUUGAAUAGCGCCGGCGCUGUUGAAUACAGCGCCAUAGACACUUAAUUGUCGGGAAUUCCUCUGUCAGGAAUCAGCAUCGCGCCGGGCAGUUAAGCUGGAGAAUGCCCGUUCUCCCGACAAAUCAACUUGUUAAGUCCGGGAGAACGGGCAUUCGCCAUCUUAACAUGAGCAGAAUUGAAUAGUAACGGGAGCUAAUUCCUAGCACUAUUCAACUGUCGGCAAAUUGAAUUGACCCCAUAGAGUGCAAUGAGCAGUAAUAACCAUCUGAAAUGUUUCCAGUAAAUUAAUGAAAUUAAAACUUUUAAGACUUAACAUAUUUUCUAUUAUCAAUGUAUGCGCACUGGCCCUAUAAUUUGCUAAGCCAAAAUAUACUGCGUUAGUUUUAGAAUACCAUGA